AUGGUCUUCGAGGUUCCUACAAGGGGAUGGGAUAACAUGAUGAGCCAUACGAUUUGGAAAGAUAUUACUCUACCAGCCCAUAUUACAACAUUAAAAAGUUUACUGGAUCCAACUCUUUCAGGAGCAUCAUGUCAUCAUUUCGAUAAUGCAAUAUUGUCGAUCUGCCCGGUAGAUAGGAACAUUCUAAGACUUACUGCACAUGUCAAGGAAUUUCUACUACCGAAAUCGACGAAAGCUAUGGCUUGCAUUAAGCUCGAUGGGCACCCUACUCAGUACACUAUGAGCGGAACUUCACACUCGACUUUGGGGGCCGGAGUUAUCACUAAUAAAAAUUGGACUAUAGAAGUUAUGCGUAUCGCGAGUCACAUAGGACACGAUUUUGGAUCUAAUCCCCGAGGUUGGGCGUGUCACGCGGAACUACAAGCCAUAGCGGGGUAUAUCCAUUGGUAUCUGCCUCAGCUUGGAAUUCCGUGGGACAGAAUAACAGAGCAUUGUUUUUUUCCCUACCCGUAUCAAACCAGCAUCCGCAUGGUGUUGAUCCUCGUUAGUCAGGAGAUGUGUAGCGUGUGUCAGCCUUUUGUAAAGGCUAUCAACGAUAUCACCUCGCAAAGAUUUGGAUUUGCUUUUGAUGUUAGAGACGGGUCUCCCAAUGGACGAUAUAGUAGAAUUGUAAGAAACCACGCGCUAUCUAAUAUCAUAGGGACGUCUUCUAGCUUUGUCUGA